AUGCUUCGACGGGUUCUGGCUGCGGCCAUCGCCGCUCAAUCGGCCAGCGUCGCGCUAGCCGCGACCAUGUACAAGAUCUCGUCCUCGUACCUCGGCGACCAAUGCGGCGGCACUCCAUGCGCCGUGUACGCUUCAUCCGCGGACAGCUGCACCCCCUCCGAGUGCUCCCCAGGCUCGAGCAACAUCGACGCGGACAUGCAGACGGUCGACUGCUCCUCGGACUUCAUUGCCACCAUGCGCGACAAGUUCGGCGACUCGCCCUACCUCAUCAAGCUGAUGAACACGGACGCCACCUGCUCCAAGCUCUCCGUGGCCUUCGGGUACCCGGCGUCGGGCGCGUGCGUGGGCGCCUACGACAAGAGCUACUACGUCAUCGCCAGCCUCGACGAGAGCGGCUCGGCUUCUGUUCAAUACUACAACCAACGCUCGUGCUUGACGGACGACUUGUACCAGACAGACAGCGCCGACGAGACCGCUUUGACGCAGCAUACAUGCAGCAGUAAAGGGUAUUCGUGGUACAGCAGCAACGACGUUGACGGGUCCAGCGGCAGCGACUCCACGUCAGAGGUCAGGGACGACAUGGGCGAGGCCACCGCGGACUCGGCACCGUUGCGAACGUCGGACUCGCCGUGGUUCUGUUCCUGUUCGUAG